CGCGAACGAAUUGGUCAUUUCUGGACAAAACAAGUAUUUGGAUGGGAGAGACAACGACUUGCACUACGAUUACAACCAACAUCACAACCGAGUGCACUUCCAGCUUUGAUACAAAAUCAGGAAGUACCAUUGAAAAUAAGAAGGCAAAAUCGUAUUGUAACAACAGAAACUUUUUAA